CAUCACCCGUCAUUACUUCCUUUUUCCAUUACCUAACCAUACACCGUUAGAGUUAAAUUGGCCCUGUUCCUCAUUAUUUGCUAUUUGCUCUCCUCUUAAUGGUUACACUAACAAAAUUCAUCAGGGUUUACGAGAAAAACCAAUUAUAGGAACUUCUAUACAUUAUAUUCGAAAUGUUAAGAAGCCAAAAUCUUUGAAACUUGAUCUUAAAAAUUAUGAUGAUUCUAAAAAUGCUA